GUGCGCGAGUUAGCUACGCUAUCUCUGCGUAAUCCUGUGCGCGUUUUCAUAAACCAGAAUACUGCGCUAGCUCAGCAGUUGCAUCAGGAAUUUGUACGCGUCAGGCCGCAGAACGAAGAACAUCGAGAGGCCAUACUUGCUUCUCUCGUGUUCCGCGGAUUUUCCAAGCGCACCAUCGUUUUCUUUCCGACUAAGCGUCAAGCACAUCAUGCUCAUAUCCUUCUGGGUCUCAUGGGUCUUUCCUGUGCAGAACUACACGGUGAUAUGACUCAAGCACAACGACUGGAGGCUCUGCGGAGGUUUUCUCAACUGGAGACCGACAAGAAGAAUGUAGCUUCAAAAGGUGAAAGCAAUGAAUCUGUGGUGCAGUUGCCUACAAUUGACGUCCUUUUGGCCACCGAUUUAGCCGCUAGAGGUUUAGAUAUUCCAAAUGUUCAUACAGUGAGUUACUAUUAUUAG